AUGACGCUCUCAACUCUUCUUAAGGCCGCAUGCGGUGCCACGUUGCUGCUGCUGCUGUCUACGGAGGCUGCACCUAAUGUAAAUUUAAAGCUGGCUUCUACACAGGUAAAGCUGACGGCUGAUGCACUGGAGGUGGCCGUCAUGGUGACGCCCAAGCAGCCCAAGCUUAAGGAGUUGACACUUGAGACGCUCGUGGAUACAUCUGGUGCUACUGUUCUCUCUGGACUGACGCUCAAGGGAGACGGUAGCAAGUUUGUGACGCAACUUACAGGUGAUGACAAGCUGCAGACGGGCAUGUACAAGCUCAAGGUAUCGGCAGUGGACGAAGAGACCAAUCAGAUUGCCUAUCAGGUGCUGCAACUGAAAGUGACGACGCCCGUGGAAGUGGCGAGCGCCAAUGUAAAUGGCAUGAAGCUGCAGCUAGGAGACAAGCUCACAGGUCAGACUUUUAAUGCUGCAUCGGCCGACAAGUUCAAGAUGGAGGUGACACUGCAGCAGACGCAUGACAAGACGCCCGUGGUGGCCCACCAGGCGUUUCUUCGCUUUACGCACGCUACGGAGAAGACAGAGACGUACUUUGUGCUGACGGCCGAUAAUGCUCAGACCCACAGCACGACGCUGCAGUUCACGUCACUCAGCAAGAGAUUUGGAUACAAUUCGGGCAAACAUCACGUCGAGCUCAUUCUCGGCGCUUCUACUUUUGAGAAGGCGAUUGUGUGGGACAUGGGCAAUGUCGAGCUGCAGCUUGGUGUGGCCCCACCUGAGAAACCCUCGCCACUCUACAAGAAGCCAUUGCUAUACGAGAGCGAUAUGACACUCAAGGCAUUACCCAAGAUAUCGCACGUCAUGCGUACACAAGACCCUCGGCCACCUGUGAUUGUGUCUUUGGCCUUCACGGGUGCAGUACUGGCCCCGUUGGCUUUCUUUUUGCUGUUUGUCAUGCGUCUUGGAUUCAACACAAAGCGCCUGUUCGAAGGCUCGGUGUUCGUGUUUGGUUGCGUGUUCCUAGCGUCGUUGGGUGGAAUCUUGGUUCUUUUCGGCUUAUACUGGCUGAAGCUGACCAUGUUUCGCACACUAGGCUACCUCAGUGUGCUGGGUUCUGUGAACCUCUGGUCUGGUCAUUUGACUCUCAAACGUCUUGCCGCGAUUUCUGCCAAGAAGACGACCAAGGUCGAAUAG